UUUAUUUUAAUGCAUCGCAAAAGUGCAAUGUACCUCAACUGGUAGUCGUUAUAUAAACACUUUCAUUAAUACAGUUGUGAGCUCUCGAGAGAGUGGACUAUAUACAGUGCAUUUGUGUUUUACAUUGUGGUAUCCAGAAACAUUUAAAGAAAACAGGUGCUAGUGCGAAACAUGAGCCAAGAGAAGAAAUGGGAGCCUUUAAAGAAAGUGGGCAUCAUUGGUGUGCCUUUUGAGAAGGGCCAGAAGAAAUAUGGCGUCAGCGUGGCACCCGCGGCCCUACGGUAUGCCGGUCUCAUUCAGCAGCUAAGUGAAAUCGAUGGGCUCGACGUGAAAGACUAUGGCGACAUAGAAACGCCAGGGAUCGAAGAAGUAAAAAUGGAGAAUAUGGCACAUUUGGCGCUGGUGUCAGCCUGCAACAAAAAACUGUCAGAACGCGUCUCUCAAGUUCUCAGAGAUGACAGAGUCGUUGUCACCAUUGGGGGCGACCACUCCAUUGGAGUCGGCACCGUGGACGGCCACUACCAAGUGAACAACGACAUGAUCCUGAUCUGGGUGGACGCUCAUGCCGAUAUCAACACAAAUAAAACUUCGGAUUCUGGCUCUGUACAUGGAAUGCCAGUAGCUCUUCUAGUCAAAGAAUUCAACAAUUAUUGGCCUUACCUUCCAACAAUGGACUGGCAGGAGCCCUUAUUCUCCAUAAAGAGCUUAGGAUACAUAGGCUUGCGAUCCGUGGACCAUUAUGAGAGGCUAGCUAUUGAAAAAUACAAAGUACCCACAUUUGCUAUGGAAGACGUUGAAGAACAUGGAAUCAAGAAUUCAAUAGAGCACGUGCUGAAGAAAUUGGAUCCUGAAAACAAGCGGCCUAUCCACGUUAGCUUCGAUAUUGAUGCCUUGGAUGCAUUGGAAGCACCCAGCACUGGCACUCCAGUUCGUGGUGGCCUAUCACUUCGCGAGGCUAUCAAUCUCAUGGAGAUAGUAUACGCAACCGGCCGUCUGCGAGCUGUGGACCUCGUAGAGAUCAACCCUGCCCUUGGCAACGAAAAUGACAGGAAGCAAACCAUCGAGGCGGGACUCUGCGUGCUGAAGGCAGCCCUAGGCUUCUCGAGACGCGGCACCGCCCCUCGUGGAGUGAAGGACCUGCCCAUACAAGACCAUGCUCAUUAACGACUGAUUAGCACGUAACAACUAAAUCAUACUAUCAACAAUGUUACUUCAAUGGCAAUGUUUCAACAGUUUUCAUUUAUAUUUGAUAACGUUUAUUUUUUUUAGUUAAUCUACAUACCUAUCUAUGGUAUACUACUAACUGGUAAACUUAUUGAACUAUGUACCUAUAUUUAUUAACGGUGUUUAGGUUUACUAAGUAUGUAAGUAUAACCGGCAAAAAAUGUGGCAAAUUACUAUGAUUGUCGUUACAUUGACUUGUAACGACCUUGUGCGAUGUCGACGUUGAUACAAGUACCUAGUUCACAAACUCACAAUAAAGUAUUAUCUAAAGAA